UUGGGCCAGAGUUAAACUAUAGCGCAAUUCGUAUAGUAUUUUGAUGUGGCGCCUGAGUUUAGGCAGAUUUAGAAAUUUAGGCUUUGAGAUUUCGGGGUGUGGCAUUCAUUUCAUUAAAAAAUAAUUAUGUCAAAUUGUCCAAAUAUUAUAUUUCAUAAAAAAUAUGUGAUUGCAAAAUGAUUCAUAUGAUAAAUCCACGCGCUCUAAAAUUUCUCAUCGAAACUGUUUAAUAUCAACGAUUGAAGUCCAAUGUCAUAAGCUCUUAUGUUCAGUGCUGUGAUGCCUACCAAUUUCUUUCAAAGUUUAUGUAUUCAUUUGUUUUCAAUUAUAAAAUUGUUUUAAUGAUAUCACCAGGUGUUAAUGUUUUAAACAGAAAUUAUAAAAAUGAUUGUUUUACGUGAAAAGAAAAAUACUUAUUGCUAUUUGGAUUAUUUGCAAUACUAAUAGCUAAUUUAUGAACAGAACGUUUUAAUAUUAAAUACUGUAGAAUGAAGAUUCUUACUGUUAUUCUACAAUAUUAAAGUUGUACCGAUAUGUCUCGAUUAGCAGAUUAUUUUAUUAUUGUUGGAUAUGAUCACAGUCGUGAAAGGGGUGGAAUGAGCAGUGGCAUUAUUGUCCAGCGAUUUCCAGAAAUUGAUUGGCCAGAUACACCAUUCAUUGAAGGCAUUGAAUGGUUUUGUCAACCACAAGGAUGGGCUUUGUCUACAGAAACCCAAGAACCACGGUUUUUCGUAUCUAUUCUUACCGACAUAGACGCAAAUCGUCAUUAUUGUGCGUGCAUGUGUUUCAACGAAACAGUUUCUAUAAUGCCAAGUAAACCAGUAGAUGAAGAAGAAGAACCUGUUGAUGAAAAUAGUCGCACAUUAAUGAGAACAGUUCCACCAAUAGCACAUCAUAGUAUCAUGUAUGCUCCCAAAUGUUUAGUACUCGUAUCAAGAUUAGAUUACAUCGAAACUUUUCGGAACUGUCUUGGUAUUAUUUACACAGUUUAUGUUGAAAAUUCGAAAUCUAUUCCAUUAGAAACAUUGGUCGGAAAUAUUCUUGGAUGUAUUCAAGUACCUCCUCCAGGGGGACCUCAAGUUCGAUUUAGUAUAGGUGCUGGUGAUAGGCAAGCGUUACAACCACCAACAAGUCCGUCGCUGCCAAUAACUCAUUCUAGUGUAAAUUUAUUAUUUCAACAAUUAGGAAUUCGCAACGUUCUCGUAUUAUUUUGUGCAGUUAUGACUGAACAUAAAAUUCUCUUCCAUUCAGCUAGUUAUUCCAGACUAACUGACAGUUGUCGAGCACUUACUGCUAUUAUGUAUCCGUUUCGAUACACUCAUGUUUACAUUCCACUUUUGCCAGCUGCACUUGUUGAAGUACUUAGCACACCUACACCAUUUAUUAUGGGUGUACAUAGCUCUCUAAAAUUUGAAAUUGCUGAACUUAUGGAUGUAAUAAUAGCUGAUUUAGAUGGUGGUUCUCUAACAGUACCAGAUGGAAUUUCAUUAGCUCUUCUACCAGAACCAUUAUUAUCCCAAACUCAAGAUGCUCUUUCGCUUAUUCUUCAGCCAGAACUUACUUCAGCAGACUAUGCAUUUCCUCCUCUAAAUACUAGAAUGGUACAACCUUCUAUGUUAGAUAAAGAAUUAAGAGCAGUAUUUAUGCGAACUUUUGCGCAAUUACUUCAAGGGUAUCGAAGCUGUUUAACCAUGAUUCGAAUACAUCCUAAACCAGUUAUCACAUUUCAUAAGGCAGCAUUCGUUGGAGAACGCGGUCUAACAGACUGUGAUUUUACUCUGAGGGUCUUAGACUGCAUGUUUUUCACAUCGUUUAUUGCUGAAAGGGGACCUCCUUGGCGGCCUUGUGAUAUUUGGGAUGAAUUAUAUAGUUCAAUAAAUGAUCACCUCAAGCAAGAAUUACAAAAUCAACAAUUAAUACUUACUCAUAUACGAGACUUAGCAGAACAACUUUAUAGAAACGAGAAUCCAAAUCCCCAACCUCAUGUCCAAAUAAUUUUAAAACCACCAGAAGGGGCUUUCACAAGAAUUCAUCAGCCGGUUUUCCCGCAUAUUGACUCAUCACAAGUGCAAGCAAUAAUUGAUGAAGGUUUAAAGAAAAACGAUUUAAAAGUUCGUUUAUCUGCUCUAAAACCUGCUCAACCAAGAAUUGUGCCAUCAGGACCUCAUAUAUCAUUACUUCAUGAUACUCGACAUUUAGUCAGUAAUUCAGCUCGAAGAUUAGAAGUUCUUCGAAGUUGUGUAAAUUGCAUUUUUGAAAAUAAAAUUUCAGACGCUCGAAAGACAUUUCCAGCGGUAUUACGUGCUUUGAAAAGUAAAACUGCACGUUUAGCUUUAUGUAUGGAACUAUCUCAACAUGUUAUUGGUAAUAGAGCUGUGUUAGAACAUCAACAAUUUGAUUUGGUGGUUCGUUUAAUGAAUUGUGCUUUACAAGAUGAUUCAACAAUGGAUGAACAUGGUGUUGCUGCUGCUUUACUUCCGCUUGCAACGGCUUUUUGUCGGAAAUUAUGUACUGGUGUAAUACAGUUUGCAUAUACAUGUAUACAAGAACAUGCUGUGUGGCAAAACCAACAAUUUUGGGAAGAUGCUUUUUAUCAAGACGUACAAAGAGACAUAAAACGUUUAUAUUUACCAGUUGAUAAUUUUUCAUCAAAGUUAGCAUGUGAAAGUUUUAUAACACCAUCUAGCCCAAGAGAAUAUGAUGAGAUUUCUUUGAGGGAUCGAAAUUCAAUAUAUCGAACUCAUGAACCUUCAGCUUUAGAAAUUACAGCUGAACAAAUGAGGCUUUGGUCAUUAACUGAUUCAGAAAAACAAAAAGAACUCAUUGCGAGUGAAGAAAGUAUUUUAUACAGUCAAGCCAUACACUAUGCAAAUCGAAUGGUUUAUCUACUUGUUCCUCCAGAUAUUGGCGCAAAAACUCAUCGACAAGAUCAUGUUCUCGAUGACGAACGAGCUAGUAAUAGUAUUACUAACAGUGUUCCUAGUGAUAGUGGUGAUGCAGAGUCUGGUUUUGAAGAGACUGAUCCCGGUGAAACAGGUAUUGCAGUGAUAAGAAUGGUUUCGCGGUUUGUUGAUCGUGUCUGUACAGAAGGCGGUGUCAGUGUUGAACAUGUGAGAUGCUUACACCAAAUGAUUCCCGGUGUUGUUCAUAUGCAUAUCGAAACUUUAGAAGCUGUGCAUCGAGAAAGUAAAACUCUACCUCCAAUUCAAAAGCCUAAAAUACUCACACCAAAUUUAUUGGCUGGGGAAGAAAUAAUUAUGGAUGGAUUAAGAGUAUAUCUUCUUCCUGAUGGACGGGAGGAAAAUAUAGGGCUUCCACGAACGCCACCAUUUUUGCCUGCUGAGGGUGCAGUAUUUCUUACAAAUUAUAGAAUAGUAUUUAAAGGCAUUCCUUGUGAUCCAUUUGCAUGUGAACAAAUGAUCGUUCGAGCCUUUCCAGUUGCUUCUUUAACAAAAGAAAAACGAGUUGCAGUGCAGCACUUAAUCCAUCUUGAUCAGUAUCUACAAGAAGGUCUUCAAUUACGAUCAUGCACAUUCCAACUUAUUAAACUUGCGUUUGAUGAAGAGGUUACUGCAGAAAAUAUCGAUACGCUCAGAAAAUUAAUUCACAAAGCUAGAUAUCCACCUCAUAUUUUCCAUCAUUUUGCAUUUAGUGGGCAAGUAUGUGUAGCACCAACAACUCAUCAAAAAGGAAAGGAAAAAAAUGAAACACUAAAAGGAUUCGCGAAAAAGACUCUUCUCAAAACUGCGAGAAAAGCAGGUUUUAAACCAAAACCAUCAUCAAAACGACAGAAAUAUGUUUUGCCUAACAUGAAUUUUAUGAAUACUAAUAAAUAUAUGACUUCACCAGGUAGAAUGAGUUUUGCGAUGACUGAAAACACUGAUUUAAGUCAUGACGAUGAUCUUAGUGUUGAUGAAUUUGAAGUAUCUGGUUUUACAACAGCACCUCCAACAGAUGCAAAAACAUUAGAACGUUUAUCUGAACGGAGUUAUGUGCGAGAUUGGUGUCGACUAGGUUUAUACGCAAACAAUUUACAAAAUAAUCGCAAGAAUGAACCAUUUCGAUUAACAUCCGUUAAUUGUGCGUACAUGAUCUGUAGAAGUUAUCCAGCUUUAUUAUUAGUGCCAAGUUCAAUAACGGAUGAUAGUAUUAGAAGAUUUUGUCGGAUUUACAGACAUAACCGGAUGCCGAUUCUAACAUGGAGACAUCCAAAAACAAAAGCUUUAUUAAUUAGAGGAGCUGGUCAUCACGGAAAAGGAAUAGGAAUGCUUAAACCUCAUCCAUCGUCUGCUUCAAAUCUCAAAACAACAUCUUCUGAAACUACUACUUCUACAUUAGAACAGGAGAAAUAUUUAAUGGCUCUGGUAUCAGCAACCCCAUCAUCUGUUUUGCAUCAAAAUUCAGCAUGGGAAAUGUCAGAUAGUUCGCUGAGUAUCGAUUCACUUUUAUUGCAAGUAGAUGAUCGGAAUAUUGCUACGCCAGAACAAUCCCGACGAAAUCCAUUCAACAAAGCAAUAGGUGCACUGGGAUCGUCCGCUGGAAAAGGGCCAAAGAAUUUUGGACGAUGGGGUUCUUUAAAAGAUAAGAGACAUAAUUCUCAAACUUCUUUAACAUCUUUUAACCAUCGAAACGCAGUUCGACAUUCUACGGAUUCAGACAGCGGUACUGAAUGUAUACAUACUCUUCAAAGAGCAGCGCUUUAUAUACUUGGCGAGAAAUCAAAUAUGAGGGGAGGAAAAACAGAGUCAGCUUCAAAAAUAGAUUAUAUUCCUGUAGAGUAUUAUGAUUCAAGACACACUAAAGCAGCAUUUAAAAAAUUAAUGAGAGCGUGUAUACCAAGUUCUCCCAAUGUUGAACCAGAUCAAACGUUUUAUAAAUUAAUCGAAAACUCUGAAUGGUUACUGCAGUUACAGAAUCUCAUGCAGUUAUCUGGAGCGGUAAUAGAUCUAAUGGAUGUUCAAGGAUCAUCGGUUGCUGUUUGUUUAGAAGAUGGAUGGGACACAACUACGAUAGUAUGCUCUGUUGCUCAAGUAUGUCUCGAUCCACAUUAUCGUACUAUUGAAGGCUUUCGAGUAUUAAUUGAAAAAGAAUGGCUUGGUUUUGGUCAUAGAUUUAGUCAUCGUAAUAAUUUAGCCGUACAUUCACAAACUACGAAUUUUACACCAACAUUCCUUCAGUUUCUUGACAUAGUUCAUCAAAUUCGUAAACAAUUUCCAUUGGCUUUUGAAUUCAAUGAUUAUUAUUUACGAUUUCUGGCUUAUCAUUCAGUAUCUUGCCGCUUUAGAACAUUUUUAUUGGAUUGUGAAUUUGAUCGAGUUGAAUGCGGUAUCGCCGCUGUAGAAGAUAAAAGAGGCUCUUUAACAAGUCACCACAAAGGUGUAGAUACUGGAAGUGAUGAUGAAGUAGUAUAUCCCGGUGGUAGACUAGUAGGAAAUAAUAAUGGAUCAAACUUAGGUCAAAGUAUUUUUGAUUAUAUUGAAAAACAACAUACUAGAUGUCCAAUUUUUUUCAAUUUUAUGUACACGCCAAAUUUUGAACAUCCAAUACUAAGACCUGUUUCACACUUAUCUAGCUUAGAUAUUUGGCCAUAUUAUUUUGAAGAAGAAUUGGCACACGGUCCUGCAUAUGAAUUAGAAAUAUUACAACAAGAUUCUCAACAAGAAGAAGAGGCUGAAGCAGCUGAUGGAACUAUUAAAAAAAAUAGAAAAAUAGUUACUCAGGGAUAUGAUGAUAUAAAUACCAUGAUACCUGACCAAUUUUCACACUUACUAGAAGAGAUUCGUAGACUUGAAACGGAAUUAGGACAUUUACCACAAAAAUGGAAAGUCAUUUGGGAUAAACUUGAACUCCCUAAUACUGAUACACUUGCUCGGCAUGCAUCUUUCAGUUCAGCUUUAGUUAGAUAUCAUGGCAAAUUAAUUCACAAAAGAUCAACAUUAGAAUUGCUUUUACGCGGAAAACUAUCUGGUGGAUAUUCAAAUGGAAAUGAAAGCUCUAUUUAUGCACAUCCACAUAGAUUUGAAAGGCUUGAUUCAGCUACACCAACUCACUGUGAUGCAUGCUCUGGAGUAUUGUGGGGACCAGUGAAGGCUGGCUUACGAUGCGUCGAUUGUGGACACAUAUGCCAUGAUAAAUGUGCUGAUGUAGUUCCAAAAAAUUGUACUAAAUAUAAAACAGUAACUGAUAGUUUACAAUCACGUACAUUAACUCGAAAUGGUGGUGAUAAUGGUACUGUGAAUUCAAGUGUAACUACAAUUCAAACAUUAUCCCAACAAUAUUAUGAACAAUUCUCAAGUAAUGUUGCGGAAAAUCGUACUCAUGAAGGAUAUUUGUAUAAACGUGGAGCACUAUUGAAAGGAUGGAAACAAAGAUGGUUUGUUCUUGAUUGUAUUAAACAUCAGCUCAGGUAUUACGAUGCUAUGGAAGAUUCUCAUUGUAAAGGAUACAUAGAUUUAGCUGAAGUCGUUUCGGUUAACCCAGCUGCACCAACACCAGGACCUCCUAAAAAAACUGAUGAAAAGUCCUUUUUUGAUCUACGUACAAAUAGAAGAACAUACAAUUUCUGCGCCGGAGAUGCCUCUACAGCACAAGAAUGGAUAGAAAAAAUUCAAGCGUGCCUGCAGUAAUUUUGUUCUAUAAAUUUCGCGUAUUUCGUAUAUAUCUAAUUACCGUACACUUUUCGGAAUCAAAUGACUGAUAGAAUAAUUAAUACCACCUUCAUAUCGUUGUAUAGUUUUUCUUUUUUAUAAUCUAAUUAUAUACAAUUUGACAUUAUAUAUAAAAAUGUUUAAAUUUUAUCAGAUUGUGAGCAAUAUAUUCCAUAAUUUUAGAUCUAAAGUUAUUCAUAACUGCAUAAUAGGCAUUAUGUAUGUAUUAUAAUUGUACUAAAUAUAAGUCAUGUUACAUGUCAAAA